AAUAGGAACAAAAGUUGGCAACUAUUGUACUUUCAGACUAUUUUGACUUGUUUUGUUCAAUUCUGAAUGAAUGUAUUUCUCAAUUUCAAUUAAUUGAAAUUAAUUGUUACGAAUAUUGAAAUUUAAAAGCGGUAAACCAUGGCUGAAAAAAUGGACGUUGACUUGUCUUUGGAUGAUAUUAUUAAAAAGCAUAGAGGAAAAUUUAAUUCAUUCCGCAAUAAACGCGGUCGAGCUCUUCAGGGACGUCGAGGUAAUACAAGAGGCCUUGGACGAACUCGUGGAAAUUUACGUCAAGGCAUGGAUAUCAGAAAAUCUACCAAUUUUAGGGGUACCUUUAAGGCACGAUCAAAAACUUUUUUAACCACUAACAGAAUCAGGCGAGGAUUGAAUAAUGCUGCUGGUUCUGGUCCAGCAAAACUUUUAAUUUCAAACCUGGACUAUGGAGUAUCUGAUUCUGAUAUAAAGGAAUUAUUUGGCGAUUUUGGCAACCUGCGAAAAGCAGUUGUUCAUUAUGACCAGUCUGGUCGUUCUCUUGGUACAGCAGAUGUUGUUUUUGAACGUCGAAGUGAAGCAAUACAGGCCAUGAGACAAUAUAAUGGAGUGCCCCUAGAUGGGCGAGCUAUGAAAAUUCAGAUAACAAGUUCUGCUCCUCCAACAAGCACAAUGGUAAACAACUCAUUUUCUAACAAAUUUGGAAAAAGAGGAGGAAAUACUGGAAACAGAUUUCCUGGACGGUAAGUAUUAAUAAAUCUGUUU